AUGAUGGAAUUUCCAGUGGUUCGCCGGAAAGCGAACACAUAUGGGAAAGGCGCACGGAAGGUUCGAGUGCAUGACCUUUUCGACGUCGGGGCGCAACCGUUGUUCGAGUCAACAAAAUCAACUGAGCGCCAUGCGCCCACGCCAACUGCACCCAGCCAGGACAACUAUAUAUCUCAGAAUAGCGAAGAAAUCCAUGGAAGAGCUACGCUGGUAGAUGAGACGCGCGAGACAAAGGAGGAUGCCAUAGCUACCAGGCCAUCAAUCCCGCCAUCGAGUGAUCCCUCCGCUACAUUCGACAUCCAGUCUUCGGAGGACGACUCGGGCAAGCUCAAAUCGAACCGACUCUCGAAGAAGAGGAAGAUAGUCACCGUCGGUCCAACCGGGUAUGAUGUAUUUUCAAGUACGACAGGUGACACAAAAGUCGCAAUGCACAAGGUCAAAGGUGCACAGGACUUGGUGAAAAAUGGAAGACCGAAAACGCUGCAACACGAGUCAGCAAAUGUUAGCGGGAUGGCUGGACGUACGAAGCCAGACAAGUCACCGCCUACAGCCAAAAGACUUGGUAAAGCUGGCAUAAAGAGCGUUGUAAGACGUGCAUCUGCAAGCAAAACAGUGUCUUCAGUUAGUGUUGUCGUUCCUAAAACAUUCCAACGCAGAGAGCUUCGGACAAGCAGCGGCUCCUCUGCAGACAUGUCGGAUGCUUCCAAUCACUCGGGUGUGUCUGGACGAAGCACUCCGAAGAGACAGCGGGUUGUGUCAGAUGGAGGCGUGGCUUCUCCCACUCCUAGUGAUCUUCAUCUGACUGCAUUGCGGUUGACCCCCGGUUCUGGUUCACAGAGAUCGCAUUCUCUGUCAGAUGAUGAGGAAAUGAGAGAUGUUCCCGUUGCGACUGCGUCAACAGGUCGCGCAAGACUGAUCGAUCGGCUGGAUGCUCCUCGGACACAGAGUACAAGGAAUUUGUCGACUCAGGUACCGGGCCUUCAGAAGGAAGUAUCACAACCUCUCAAGGAGCCUGCCAUCAAAACUGCACCGUCCAAGACUUUAGUCCGGCCAGCGCUUGAGAAGCAAACGUCCAGUCAAUCAGUUGCCGCUUCAGGACGAAUACGAGCCACUUACGCGAAGCAAAGGUCCUAUCUGAGCGAUAUGGUCGAUAGCCUGGACAGCGACCUGCCCGCUUCUACUAGCCAGGCAUCCUCGCAGCAGAGCCAUUCGCAGGCCUUGUCCUUCACAAGCGGGAUAACGCCAAUGGAGAUGGACCUAGAAGACAGCGACGACGCUGACACCGGCAGUCGGAUCAAGAGUAUUCACGAGUUGCGUCGUGGUGGAGCAGUCAGGAAAUUUGACCUAGAGCUUCAGACCAUUCUCGAAGACGUUGAAUCAACAACGAAGUCACUCCGAGUUACUGGCCUACUGCAGCUUGCCGAUAAAUUGGACGAACAGAUGUUCUUGCGACAUUUCCAAGACUCUGGCAACUUUCAACGCUUGAUAGACUGCGUCAACGACAGCCUCGAUGAAGUCAGUGCCUUGUUUGUGGCGUUAAUUUUCCAGUCGGUGGUUUCGGCGGAAAGCUCAUCCCCGAGAGUUUUGUUACAGGUAUUGGACGCGCUCUACAGGCUACCUCCACGCUUUCUCUCCGAGACGCGUUCAGUGUCCAGGCUUGCGAAAGACCGAAGUCAGAACCUCUCCAAGCUGUUGGCCAACGAUAUCGCGGACUUUGAAAAAAGAUGGGUUAAGGAUUUAGGGCAACCCUCCUUGGAUGUGGACAGAAUCUUCCUUGGUGCUAUUGAAUCUGCUCAGCGCAAACUCAUCAGCCUCAAAGAGCCGCUCCCGAGACUGCCACGGAAACUGGUGACUGAGGUGGUGUCCCAAUUCACAAAGCCGCAAGAGGACAUUACUGCAGGUGCAACAUCCCGGCAAAUUGGGGCCACCCGACUCUUGCUUUCCUUUCUGGAAAUUGCUUGUGCGAACAAUGAGCUUGCUGGCUCUCGCUUUCCAACUUCCCGUCUCCACGAACUGGGACAAGCCGUGGCGAGCACCAUGAGAGAAGUUCGUCACUCUCAUCCUGAGGUGGAGCACUCGUGCCUUCGACUGAUCGUCAGUCUGAGCAAUAACGAGGCGGAGGUCUGUGAGGCUUUGAGCAAGGGCAACGUUGUCGACGCUGUUUUCCAAGUGGUUGACGAACAUUUCUUGACACUCGCGCGGCUUGCAGUCCUUGAGAAAGAGUUCGACAACUCCAGACUUGAAUCCGUGAUCCUUGCUGUCGGCUGCCUCCUUAAUCUCGCCGAAUGCGCAGAUGCGGCUAGGGUGAAGAUGCUGGUUCGGGACUCAGGUGGAACGAGCCUAGUCCACCGACUCAUCGACAUAUUUAAUCGCCAUGUGAAUCAAGCGACCGAGGCGUUGACCAUGGAUCAAACGCAGAUACUUGUCGCCUUCGGUUACAUAUCCGCGUUGCUGUGCACAUUGUGCCUCAACCGCGCCGCCCGCCGAAGGAUCUCCAAACAUAUCAAGGGAGAGGGCCUAUCGCAACUGUUCGGUGCUGCGGACACAUUCCUCCAGCAUCUACAAACAGUUGAAGCGGCCCUCGAGGAUGGGGAAGGCUCGUCAGUAGGAUUUACUGCGCGGUUCACCACGGUGCUCGAAACUGUUAAAAAGCAAAAUGUAUGA